AAUAAUAUUUCACACACAAACAAACAAACAAAUAAAUAAAUAAAGAAUAUACACAAAAAAAUGGAUACAAAUGCGAGUUACAUGCCCAGCUGUCGGAAUGGGAUCCACUAGACUGAGCUACUAAACAGUACAUAACUAAAAGCAGCUCCACCUCGGCUGGCUACAACAGUAAUAAUAUUAUCCGUCACAGAAGCCUACUGCAGUACUUUUACUUUGAUGCUUUAAGUGCAGAUAAUACUUCUGAAGGACAUUUAUUUUUAACAAAUUAUAUUUAAAGUAAUGGGAGUGUGUCCAAACCUUUGACUGGUACUGUGAGUAAAUGUUGUGAAGACUUCUCUCACCACAGAUUGUCUGCGUGGUGGUACCAGUACGAAUAAGAUAUAACUUGGGUAAUCUGACUCUUUAAUUGACCUUUCUAUUACACACUAGUUUAGCCUCGAAAACUCUUGGAUAAUUAUUACAAUGUGUAGGAAAUAAAACACAGAAAUUCAAAUAUGAUUACAAAUAUCUUGACUUCAAAUCAGAAGUGAAAUUUUAACCAUCACUAUCAAAAAAAAUUGCUCCUCUGUCAUGUUUUUGACAUAAGGUCGCUUUACUAAGAACACGUUUUUCUUUCUCUUCGUUCUUCGCCAGAUCUUACAGUUUGUACGGAAAGUGAUGAGACUUUGAUGCAGAAGCAUUAGUCAGAGAGCAGGUUGGGUCGUGUGUGAGACAUGCUGUAAACAGGACAAGCAGCAAGCAGACUGAUAGAGGUCGGGGGCGGGGGAGACAGAAAGACAGGAAGAUGUCACCAGGUAAGGAAACACUGACACAGAGGAUGGGUAGAAUGUGUGAGAAGGCAGAGAGAGUAGGGGAGAGUCACACCUUGAGGAAGUUAAUGAAAAAACUGAAGGAGAACAGAAGACGUCUCAUAUUGAAGGUACAUUUUUUGUUGCUGUUGUUUGUUCUGUUAAAUUUACAGUAUAUUUUAUUGUCAUCUUAUUUAUGUUAGAGCAAAUUUUGUUGAGGCACUAAACUUUAUGGAACGUGACCUGCCUUUCAAAACGGUGUUUGUAGCUGACCACUUUAUUAUUUGUCAUUGAUUUUAAUAUUUUCUGAAAUUUACUCCAUAGAAUGGGACUUGUGCAUUUCUGUGUGAUUGUCCUGAUGUUCUCUGCACAGCUGGUGCUCAACUCUCCAGUGGUAACGAAGUCUCUCCUCUUUUCUCAUUUUAUUUACCUAUAUGUUGUAUGCCUUUCAAGUACAAGAAAUCAUUCAAAUUGUUAAAUGUAGAAACAAUGCUUCAUGAUAAGUUACUCAGGGCUUUGCUGGAGCAUUUUAGUGUUUCAUGUCUCCUUCUAUCAAUGUGUUUACAGAUACCGAAGUUGUGCCCCGCAGGUGAAUAUCUGACCGAUCAUACACAGUGUGAGCCCUGUCCUGCUGGAUCAUACACAACUGAACGCAACCGUGAAGACGCCUGCUAUCCAUGCUUUGCAGACUGUAUACCAGCAUACCAUCUGAAGGUGGUCCACAACUGCACCUGUACAUCCAAUCUAAAGUGUGUCUGUGAGGAAGGUUUCAGAUGCAUUGACAAGGACACCUACACAGGCAACUGCAAAGAAUGUGUCAAGAAUCAGGAAACAAGCGCAGCUGUAGCAAGAGUGACCUCAGGAAGUGAUAAGCAGACUUCCUCGACUUCCUCACAGCACAGCAGCACUUCUGCCAAACCCUGCCGAUUUCCCAAAUGUGAACCUCGGCCAGUUUCACCAACACCCACCACAGACACACCAAGCAGUCCGCUGGCAGUCAUCUUGUGUCCAGUGGUUGUGGUGGGAUGUGUGGCUCUUGUGAUCCUGUUCUGCAUCCGUCACCCCGGAGAUGAAACAUGUUUCAAGCGAGCUGUUGCAAAGCUAUGUAAAGAGAGAGGACACAAUGCUUCUGUCAAGUCAAGAGAGUCAACUCAUCAGUUCCCCAGAGACUCAUUCAGUGCAAAGCAGCAGCCGCCGUCCCUUUCAGCAGCCACCUUGGGUCCAGUCCAUGUCCACAAUCCAGGGACAGUCAUCUUCAGCUUGCUCAGUCAGUUUACAGGCCAGGUCGGUUCAUCAGCUGAAGGAGGGAAAACGGCAGCGAGAAUGAGCAGUGAAGAAGAUGAAAGAGACUGUCCUGUGUUUCAUCCCACAUGCUCUCCUGGUAUUCCUCCCUCUGAGGAGGAGAGAAGUAGCAUUUUCUUCCCCUCCCAGGAACAGGGGAAGGACUGCCACAUGUCCAAAGAGGAGGAGCUAUGAUGCAUUGUAUGACUCCUAGAAGAUUUUUUUUGGUGGCUGUGUCCACUGGAAUCCAGACUGACCCUAAACACAUUCGUUUAAAGGAAUGAAUUACAAAACUGUGAAACAACAGGUAAUCUUCUGUUGGGAAACUAUGAAGGGAUCACAGAGCUCUACAGUGACAUUACUUCCUGCAGGUACUGGGAAAACUUGUGGUUAGUGCACAGAAGCAACUUUAAUUCUGUGAAGAAUGGCUGGAAGGUGAUCUCUGUUGUAAGUUAUAAUUUUAAGAACUCUUGUAUAUAAGUUCUGUCAGCUCUUUCUAAAAUAUUAUACUUGGUUUUUUUAAUGUUUUGCAUAAUU